AGAGUGGCUUCUAUAAAUAGACAAGCUAAGCUGGCUAGCUCGCCCAACAACAAGAAGUGCAUAAGUGACACACUGAUUAAUUAAGCAAAAAACAGUAGUAGCUUAAUUUGCUACCAUGUCGAUGAUCACUAGCAUGCUGGGGCGGAAGCAGAACGCGCAGCAGAAGGGCGGAGGCGGCGGCGGGCGCACCGGCGGUGGCGGCGGCGGCGAGAUCGAGCCGGUGAGCGUGGACAUCAUGGAGCCGUUCAUGGACGCGAUCUCGCUGACGGCGUUCGCGGCGGCGCCGUCGGCGGCGGCGGCGGCGGCGGGCGUGCCGUCGACGGCGAGCAUGGACUGGAAGGAGACGGCGGCGGCGCACGUGUUCAUGGCGGACAUGCCCGGGGUGCGGAGGGAGGAGGUGCGGGUGGAGGUGGAGGAGGAGAAGGUGCUCAGGAUCAGCGGGCAGCGGGCGCGCGCCGCGGAGGAGAAGGGCGAGCGGUGGCACCGCGUCGAGCGGAGCUCCGAGCGGUUCGUUCGCACCGUCCGCCUGCCGCCCAACGCCAACACCGACGGCGUCCACGCCGCGCUCGACAACGGCGUCCUCACCAUCACCAUCCCCAAGGACAACGACAGGAAGCCUCACGCCAGGAUCAUCCCCAUCACCAAUUAAACUAACUAUUAAUUACUAGCUAAUAUUCCACAGCUUAAUUAUCGAGUAAUUAUAUUAGUACUGUUAAUUAAUAAUAAUUACUACUCCUACUACUAAUAAUAAGAAGCAUCAUGCAGCGUGUAUGAUUGCAUUAUAUGCAUGGAAUAGAUGUGUAAACAACUCACCAGUUUGCUUGGUGAAAGCUGUGGCAUAAUGCAUUGGAGGAAUAUAAGAAUAAAUUUUGGUGUGUAUGCCAUUUUAACCUUUUA